AUAUAUUCCCAGGCAGAAUUGUGUGUGCAAUAUAACACAAUGGCGACCCAUGGAGAUCUGUGCACUAGUGAAAUGUUGGCCUUUCUCGAUGUGGAGCAGAUCUUCAACAGACCACUGAAGUGUCCAGUGCCAUUCUGUGGGUCGGAGCUGACGCCAAUUGAGAUGCUAACCCAUCUUCUGAUGGGUCACAGCCCCGGCGAGUCGAUGCUGGAGACAGUGGCCGAUUGCCCCGAGCUGUUUCAUGUGCAGCUCAACGAACUGAAGGCCGGAACAAGCUAUGUGAUUGCUGCGAUCGCCUACCACGGCACCCCGAAGGUGGGACUCAGCACUCCGGUGUCUCCAGAGCUGCAAAUCGUCCAUCAGUUGCCCGUAAUGCUCGUAAUGUAUGUCACUCCGCUGGCAAACAAACACAACGGUAACGACACCGACAACGCGGAACAGACCGUCAUCUUCUACAUGGUCAGUCCGUUGAUGGCCACGGAGGUGGGUGUCCAGAUCACGCUCCUGGACGGCGACCAAGACAUGCAUGGCCAGAAAGCCCUAUGUCAGUUUUCUGCGCACACUCAGACGGGGGCCUACGGGCACGGGUUCGGGGAGGUGGAGCAGCUCUUAGUCCACAUGGAGUUCGUUUUCUAUUCGGCUAGCAGCAUUCAGAAGCUCAUCGACGCGGACCCGGAGCGGCAGCUUCAUGUUAAGGUCGUUCUGACUGGGGAACCGAACUCGUUGGGAUCGGACAGCCACCCAGAGUAUCCAGAAUAGUUUUGCUCGGCUGCGCUGACUCAUCCUGAUUGACAGACACUUUAGAGCCGGCGCGGCCCCGAUUGACGCACACUUGAAACCUGUAAUCUGAGUGCCUGCCAAUAAUUUUCGAUCUUUUAUAUACUAUGUAAACAAUAUUUCUUUACCAACAGUCAAA